AUGUAUGUGAAAUGCUUUGAUACAGGAAUGUUUUGCUAUGAAAUAAUCGUUUUAAAAAAAAAUGUCAUUUUUUUUUAAAUUUUCAAAUUUGCCGCCGGUUUUGGCGCCCGUACGUCCCGACGUCACAGGGACCGGAACACGGAAGCCAGAUGCCGGCAUCCGCCGGAGGAGAUGGCCGGGGACGCUGCAGGGGAACGCAUCGCAGGAGCGAAGGACAAGGUAAGCGCUGUAAGGAAUCCCUGUGCAACGCCGUAUGGGUAAGCCCGAGUGUAGCUCGGGGUUACCGCUUUUGGUACUGAAAUGUUACCCCGAGCUACACUCGGGAAUACCGCCAAGGAGGUUAAAAAAAG